AUGAUGAGCACCAAGGCCUUCACGUUGGUCUCUGCCGUGGAGCGGGAGCUGCUGGUAGGUGACAAGGAGCAGGGGCACAUCGAAUGCGUGGAGUGCUGUGGCAAGAACCUGUACGUGGGCACCAGUGACUGCGUCGUCUACCACUUCCUGCUGGAGGAGAGGGCGCAGCCCGCAGGGACGGCCACGUUCUCUGCCACCAAGCAGCUGCACCGGCACCUGGGCUUCAGGAAGCCAGUGAGUGAGCUGCGAGCGGCCUCGGCCCUCAACAGGCUGCUGGUGCUCUGUGACAACUCCAUCACCCUGGUCAACAUGAUGAGCCUGGAGCCUGUCCCCUCGGGGGCUCGCAUCAAAGGGGCCGUGGCAUUGGCCUUGAACGAGAACCCUGUGAGCGGAGACCCGUUCUGCGUGGAAGUCUGCAUCAUCUCGGUCAAGCGCAGGACCAUCCAGGUGUUCCUGGUGUACGAGGACCGGGUUCAGAUCGUCAGGGAGGUGUCGACGCCGGAGCAGCCCCUGGCCGUGGCUGUGGACGGCCACUUCCUGUGCCUGGCUCUGACCACCCAGUACAUCAUCCUGAAUUACAACACGGGCGUCGCCCAGGACCUGUUUCCUUACUGCAGCGACGAGAAGCGACCCAUCGUCAAGAGGAUCGGGAGACAGGAGUUCCUCCUGGCAGGCCCCGGAGGACUGGGCAUGUUUGCCACGGUUGCCGGUAUAUCUCAGCGAGCCCCCGUGCACUGGUCGGAGAACGUGAUUGGGGCAGCCAUCUGCUUCCCGUAUGUCAUAGCUCUGGAUAACGAAUUCAUCACGGUGCACAGCAUGUUGGACCAGCAGCAAAAGCAGACCCUGCCCUUUAAGGAGGGCCACAUUCUCCAGGAUUUUGAAGGAAGAGUGAUUGUCGCCACAAGUAAAGGAGUUUACAUCUUGGUUCCGUUACCCCUGGAAAAGCAAAUACAGGAUCUUCUAGCAAGCCGUAGAGUGGAAGAGGCUUUGGUUUUAGCCAAAGGAGCCCGGAGGAACAUUCCAAAAGAAAAAUUUCAGGUAAUGUACAGAAGGAUUCUGCAGCAGGCGGGGUUCAUACAGUUCGCACAACUUCAGUUUCUGGAAGCUAAAGAGCUCUUCAGAAGCGGCCAGCUUGAUGUCCGGGAGCUGAUCUCUCUCUACCCCUUCCUGUUGCCCACCUCUUCCUCAUUCACACGGUCCCACCCUCCUCUCCACGAGUAUGCAGACCUGAACCAGCUGACCCAGGGGGACCAGGAGAAGAUGGCCAAGUGUAAGCGCUUCCUCAUGAGCUACCUGAACGAAGUCCGCAGCACAGAGGUCGCAAAUGGCUACAAGGAGGACAUCGACACGGCCUUGCUCAAGCUGUACGCGGAGGCCGACCACGACAGUCUGCUGGACCUCCUGGUCACCGAGAACUCCUGUCUUCUGACGGACAGUGCUGCCUGGCUGGAGAAGCACAAGAAGUAUUUUGCACUUGGACUGCUCUAUCAUUAUAAUAACCAAGACGCUGCGGCCGUGCAGUUAUGGGUGAACAUUGUGAACGGGGACAUUCACGACUCCACUCGCUCAGACCUAUACGAAUAUGUCGUUGAUUUCCUUACCUAUAGCUUAGACCAGGAACUCGUGUGGAAGUACGCUGAUUGGGUCCUGCAGAAAAGUGAGGAGGUUGGAGUUCAAGUUUUCACCAGGAGACCUUUGGAUGAACAGCAGAACAGUUUUAAUCCCGACAGCAUUAUCACUUGCCUUAAGAAAUACCCUAAAGCCCUUGUUAAGUAUCUGGAACAUCUGGUCAUAGACAGGAGACUGCAGAAGGAAGAGUACCACACACGCCUGGCGCUCCUCUACCUGGACGAGGUGCUGCAGCAGAGGCGGUCCGGCGCCAACAGCAAGGGUGCGGAAGCGACGGAGACUCAGGCGAAGCUGCGACACCUGCUCCAGAAGUCUGAUUUGUACCGAGUCCACUUCCUGAUAGAUAGAGUCCGGGGCGCCGGCCUCCCCAUGGAGAGCGCCAUCCUGCACGGCAAGCUGGAGGAGCACGAGGAGGCCCUGCGCAUCCUGGUGCACGAGCUGCAGGACUUCUCGGCGGCUGAGGACUACUGCCUGUGGCGCUCCGAGGGCAGAGACCCGUCGUACCGGCAGCGGCUCUUCCACACGCUGCUGGCCAUGUAUCUCCAGCCCGGCCCCUCCGUGCCCGAGCUGGCCGUGGCCGCCACGGACCUCCUGAACCACCACGCGGCCGAGUUCGACGCCGCCCGCGUCCUGCAGCUGCUGCCGGGCACCUGGUCGGUGCAGCUCCUGCGCCCGUUCCUGACCGGGGCCGUCAGGGACAGCGUGCACGCCCGGAGGACCACUCAGGUGGCCCUCGGCCUGGCCAAAUCCGAAAACCUGAUCUACAAGUACGACAAGAUGAAGUUGAAAGGAAGCUCAGUUCGGCUUUCGGACAAAAAGCUCUGCCAGAUGUGCCAAAAUCCCUUUCGUGAGCCCGUGUUUGUUAGGUAUCCAAAUGGUGGUCUCGUCCACACCCACUGUGCUGCCGGCAGACACACGAACCCCAGCCCCCCCGGCCCUGGCGCACGGACUUGA